GGUAAAUGCAUCAGUUGUUAUUAUCUUGGAGGGAAUUCUGGUUUUCCAUGACCUGUGUGUUCGCAACCUUAUGAAUAUGAAGAUUUUUGUUGAUACAGAUGCUGAUGUGAGGCUUGCUCGUAGAAUCAGACGUGACACAGUUGAGAGGGGUCGGGAUGUAAACUCUGUACUUGAACAGUAUGCAAAGUUUGUCAAACCUGCAUUUGAUGAUUUUGUUCUGCCAUCCAAGAAGUAUGCUGAUGUGAUCAUUCCCCGGGGAGGUGAUAAUCAUGUUGCCAUUGAUUUGAUUGUUCAACAUAUCCGCACUAAGCUUGUUCAGCAUGACCUCUGCAAAAUAUAUCCCAAUGUCACUGUGAUUCAGUCAACAUUUCAGAUAAGGGGGAUGCAUACUCUGAUCCGAGAUCGGGAGAUUUCAAAGCAUGACUUUGUCUUCUAUUCUGAUCGACUUAUUCGUCUGGUUGUGGAGCAUGGCCUUGGACAUCUGCCAUUCACUGAAAAACAAGUAGUUACACCAACAGGAUCAGUAUAUACUGGGGUUGAUUUUUGCAAGAAGCUUGGUGGAGUUUCCAUUGUUCGAAGUGGUGAAAGCAUUGAAAACGCAUUACGGGCAUGCUGCAAAGGAAUAAAAAUUGGAAAAAUUCUGGUUCACCGUGAUGGAGAUAAUGGCAAACAGCUUAUAUAUGAGAAACUUCCCAAAGAUAUCUCCGAACGGCAUGUACUGCUUCUGGAUCCAGUUCUUGCUACAGUUAAAAUCCAUUUGUUGAUUCCCCGAAGUUUUCUAGUUCUUUCCCAAAUCUGAUGUCUGCCCUUGUGCAUUAUUGCAAGAACAGGCUAACGGAGUGUGAGUAAACCUAAGAAGCCUUU